UUUGCUCACUGAUUCCACAUAAAGAACUUCAGCUUUCUCUGGAAACUUGGAGCUCUUUGGAAGCCAAGCUUUCCACAAUGAAGAGCUUUCUUGCUUUCCUUCUUGCAAUGAGCAGCAUUGUGACCCUGGGGGAUGCAGCCUGCUUUACUGCAAUUCGAACGUCAGAGUGGCCAUACAGAGGGUGUAUGAUGAAUGGAAAACUGUAUCCCUUUGGAGACAUUGAGAGGACAGAAUUUUGCUACAGGUGCCACUGCAACAGAACUUGGAUACGAUGCUGUUCCCUCUUUCUUCGUCCUGUUCGUUAUGACGAGAGGGAAUGCAAAGCCAUUUUCAAUAAAACAAGCUGUGGCUAUGAUGUGGUGCAGAAGGACGACCCCUCCAAGGUGUGUUCUGCCUUUGGUCAUGUGGGCUAACCCCUGCUGCAAACCUCUCUGCACUGUGGAACUCCUCUCCUUCCCGCUGAUGAUUUUCCGUCACAGAGAAGCAUGAAGACAUGAGAAAAUCUCAUAAAAGAGAGCACUUCAGUGGCU